UCGACGAACGCCGUUCCUCGUUCAGUCGUAGCGAAACAAUUCCAUUCGAUCUAUAGAAUCGCGUUGAUAUCGGGUUCGCGAUAAGAUCAACCGAUUGGAUUCAACUGAUCGUCCAAUUUUCUUCGCGAAAACACGAGAAUAAUUUUUGAUAAAAGUCAUCAUGAGUCGAACACGCGACCAUCAUUGGCAGAGGAUGCUGCGAGCAGCGUGCAACAACGUGGCAAGCUUCUGAAACCAGUUUUUUAACGAGGAAACUACAUUGGAUCUCCCUUGGCUCUCCCCGGAUCUCCCCGUCUCUCCCUGGCUCUCCCCAUUUGCACGGGCACACGGAAAUGAUUCUUCAAGAGAUUUCGCAUCUUUUACAGUGUGGCUCGCGUAUACCAACGAAAAAUACAAGUUUGGUGAAGUAGAUGAUUGUUUGGGAAUGGAUCUCUCCAAUUGAAUCAACCGCUUGACGUCGCGAGAUGAGUAACAGAUGACAGGGUCGCGCUCGUGGAUCAAUGUAAACGACAAACAGGCUCUGGGCUCCUCGAUCGCAUCUGAGAGGAGGUGGCAAAGGGCGAAGUCGUCGCGAGGCAGACUGUUGAUCGACCGUGUAUCGAAGAGAACGAGAAGAUCCGAAUAUCGCGAAAAACAUAGAUGAGAAACGAAAAACGAGAGAUUUUUUCAUAUUUAGAAACGAGAUGUUCUGCUCUCUGAGAAGAAAAUUUUUCAAAUAAUUCCGAAUUCUGCAAAGAUUUCCGUCCAAAGACAAAGGAAGGACGGAAGAGACGGAUAAUAAAAGGUCCUGAUUCGACUUUUCGCAAGAUCGCUGACUAGUAAGGAAAACGAAGAAUAAUUUACGGUAACGGUUGGACUCGAGCGAUUCGAGAAGCAACUGGGAAAAGUUUGUUCCGCGUCGACGAGCCGAUAUGCCCGGCGAAACGACUGUGGGAAGUUGAGGACUGUCCGGGCGAUCGCUGCCAAGGUUUGCCAGCGCACCAAAUGGACGAGGCUCGAGGGAGGAUAGUGGAACGAUAGGAGGCGACCGGUUGCGGCUGCAGCUGCGGCGUCGGUCGCUGCACCUGCAGCUGCAGCUGCGGCGACGACGAGGCUGCCGGUAGCGGCGUGUAGACGGUGGUUGAAACGAUGCAGAGCACCGGCGACUACUAUCAGAGGGCGCCGAGAUGCUGUCCAGGAAGGAACGCGAACGCGAAUACGGACGCGUUGAGAAUCAGCGCUUCCGUGAGGGGAGCGGAAUUACUGUGUUGCUGCUGCAGUUGCAGCACGGCAACAUCUACCAAGACGCCAGGAUUGUUGGCCAGCUUAGGAGUCUGCGUGCUUGUGCUGGGGUACACACUGCUUGGUGCAUUCGCUUUUAUGGCGCUGGAAGGUGGUCUGAAAUCGGAUUCAGCGAACGAUCUGCUCGUUUCCACGGGUUCAAAAUCUGAGGGAGGAUCGUACGCGGUACCUAGUCUUGAAGAUGAUACCGCUAUGGAACUGAGAGCACGUACCGUUGAAAGACUCUGGAGUAUCACAGAGGAUCUGAAUGUAUUGUACAAGGAAAACUGGACAAGGCUAGCAGCGAGAGAAGUGUUUGAAUUCCAAGAAAAUCUGGCACGAGGUCUUAGGAGAACUUCUUCGCAGUAUGAACCAUCAUCUCGAUCUAGGGAACAUUCCAUGGAUAGGAGAUCACAUCGAAGAUGGACUUUCAGUGGUAGUUUGCUGUACUCCCUGACUCUGAUCACCACCAUAGGAUACGGUAGCGUGGCGCCUCGCACAGUCUGGGGUCGUUUGAUCACAAUAGUGUACGCUUUAGCCGGGAUUCCCUUAAUGCUAGUCUAUUUAAGCACGGUUGGUGAUGUCCUCUCAAGGAGCUUCCGCCGUUUGUAUGGCCGACUGUGUAGACCAAGAAAUUGCAGCAGAAAGCAACAACCACCUCCACCGCCGCCUCCUGUAGGCGGAAUUAUGAGCAAAACUUACAGAUACGAUAACCAUGUCGACUCAAAAUCUGGAAAUUACUAUUCGGCUAGUAGAGAGAGCUCCUGCGAUGAUUUAGGAACUAGAGGCACCAGUAGUGCCAUCUUAUUGGAUUGUGGAAGCGAGGGAUUGCUUCAUGCUACUACUAGCUCUACUGCUGCACUUCAGGAUAUGUCGUCGGGAAACAGUAAACGUCAUUUUCAUCCAUGCUCACUGUCCCUAUCGACGAACUCGUCACCAGGCUACGUGGUGGAAACGAAUCCCGUGAGGAUACCGAUUAGUCUUUGCUUGGUGAUUAUGCUGAUCUACAUAUGUGGUGGCGCGCUAAUGUUUAACCGUCUGGAAGGUUGGAGCCUUUUGGAAGGCGGCUACUUCUGCUUCACCAGCCUCGGAACCAUUGGUUUCGGUGACUUAAUGCCCGUUGGACGAAACGCCGCGUCCGCUACUCUGGAGGAGCUCAGCUUGUGCGCCUGCUCACUCUACAUACUCGCUGGGAUGGGCCUGAUCGCCAUGUGCUUCAACCUCGUCCAGGAGGAGGUGGUACGCGUGGUCAGGGUCUUCGGUAGAACCUGCGGCAUGUCGUCGGGGGUGGUGGUCGGACCUAUCGGUGGUACAGGUACCAGUCCUGGGCUCAAGGCCGACUUGGAUGACGGAGGAGGUACCAGUGACUCGCGAUUGUCCGAACAAGAAGAAGAAGCGAUCGCCAUGUCCAUGGUGCCAACAUCCUGACAGCAUCAGGCUAGGAGUCCCGCGGACGGGAAGCUCCUGGCCCACACGUCCAACACUGCCAUAAAACCAUCACCAGGUCAUCAUUCUCUGCCACGAAAGAAAACAUCCGAAUCCAGAAAUUCUUCGACUCAACAGUUUCAACGUG